AUUUAAAGGAAUAAUUGUUAGAUUUUGAGAAUAAAGAAUCACAGUCUCAUCUUCUACCUUCACACUCUCCUCUCAUAUUCUGCUUUCCUCUGAAACUCCGAAGCAAUAAUACAACCAUGGCAGCAGCUUAUGCAACUCUAGUUUCUGCUAUGAAUAUCAUACACAGCCUUCACCAUCAUCCCCUCCCUCCUGUUUCUCUCCCCAUUCAACAAGUUGAGUCUCUCACUCAAAAGAUUAAUUUCCUGCUCCAAUUUCUCGAGGGCUACAACCCCCAUCGUGACUACUCCAAAGAAGCGGAUCCAUUGGAGUCUCGCAUUGCAGAUGCAGCUUAUGCGGCCGAACACGCCAUUGAAUCUCAUAUUUUCGACCAGUUCACAAAUAAUGGAGAAAAUACUGUUCAUCAAUCAAAAAUAAGAAAAAAAUAUAUGAGUUAUGAUGGCCUUCGUGAAGCUCUGGAGAAGGUGAUAAAAGACAUGGCUUCUAUCGAAGAGGAGGCCAAGCAAAUUCAAGGAAGAGUUGAAGUCCAACAUCAGCUGCCUCCUGAUUCCUCGAGAUCAUCUUCGAUUCCGCAGCAGAGUAGCAUGGUGGGUGCUGAGGGUGUCAAGCUUCAAAUGAUGGAUAAGCUCACUUCUGAUCGCCUUCAUCUACAGAUCAUUCCCAUUGUAGGGAUGGGCGGCUCCGGUAAGACCACUCUUGCUAGAACUGUUGGUGAAGAACGUCUUAUUAAGGACCAUUUUCAAAUUUGUGCGUGGGCUACCAUCUCUCAAGAAUAUGUCAUUAGAGAAAUUUUUGCAGUAGUUCUUCGUCAGUUUAAUAUAGGAGUUGCUGACGAUUUGAAUGAGCAUGAAUUAGGAGAAAAGUUGUAUAAACAUCUUUAUGGUAGAAGAUACCUAAUUAUAAUGGAUGAUAUGUGGAGCAUUGAUGCUUGGGAUAGAGUUAGGAAUUAUUUUCCAAAUAACGAAAAUGGUAGCAGAAUAGUUGUAACAACAAGGCUAUCAGAUUUGGCUUCUAAAUUAUCCAACUCUAAUAGCCUUGGAAUGGAACUUUUGAAUGAGGCUGAUAGUUGGGAGCUUCUCUCCAAAACUGUGUUUGGGAAAGAAGGUUGCCCUCUUGAAUUGGAGGAAAUCGGAAAAAAGAUUGGAAAAAGCUGCAAAGGACUUCCAUUGUCAAUUGUUGUGGUGGGAGGCCUUUUGGCCAAAUCCAAGCAUACAAGAGAGUGUUGGGAAGACAUAGGGGAAAACUUGAAUGCAAGUGUUAAUUUAGAGGAUGAUGAACAUUGCUUGAAAAUACUAUACAUGAGUUACAAGCAAUUGCCAAUACAUUUGAAACCAUGUUUUCUCUAUAUGGGAGUUUUUCCCGAAGAUAAAGUGAUUGUUAACUCGGACCUCAUUAAAUAUUGGGUUGCCGAGGGAUUUGUAGAAGCAGUAAGUGGGAAAAGAUUGGAAGAGAUAGCAAAAGAGUAUUUAAAAGACCUAAUUGGUAGAAAUCUUGUUUUAAGGUCUACUCGAUAUAAGAAGAGGUGCCAAAUUCAUGACUUGUUGAGAGACUUGUGCUUGAGAGAAGCUAAAAAAGAAAGGUUUUAUAAUACGGCAUUGGAUAAUGAAGACAUAAGCGUCUUGCCGCCUAUGUCACAAGCUCGUUCUUUGACGUGGAAUGAUCAACAAGAACUAUCACCUCUCAAUAUGAGCUUGUUGAGGAUAGUGAAAUCAACUAGAUUCAACUAUGUGGUCCAAAAAGAAUAUUUAUUUGGACACGUGGAUCAAUUAGUUAACUCACGGUUCCUUGGAAUAAAUUUUUCCAGAAGAAUGGAGGGGAAUUUUCCUUGUUCAAUAUGGCGAUUUUGGAAUCUACAAACACUAAUUGUUCACACCUACAUCAAUGAGGUUAUUACUGCGCCGACUGAAGUUUGGUACAUGCCUCGCAUCAGGCAUGUUGAGUUCAGCGAAGGUCUUCAUCUCCCAGAUCCUCCUAAUGACCAUGAUAACAUUGUUUUGGGAUAUCUGCAAAGCCUCAGGAUAGUAAUAGAUUUCAAGUGUAGCGAACAAGUGGUCAAAAAAAUUCCCAAUAUAAAAGAAUUGAUUUUUAUGAAUGGGGGAGAGUACUGUGAUGAUGAGAUGUAUUGUUUGAGCAAUCUCGAUUGUCUAACUAAACUUGAGUCCUUGGAUUGCACUUUAUAUGGAAAUUGUGUAAUCAACUUUCCCCAUUCGCUCAAGAGAUUGAAUCUUUAUAUGGAUGAUUAUUGUUGGGAAGACAUAUUGGAUAAGGUAGGUGUGUUGCCCCAUCUUCAGAAGCUCACACUCCACGAUGGGUACUUCAACGAAGGGAAGUGGGAAACAACUGAAGGCCAAUUUCGAAGCCUCAAAUUCUUGAGUCUUUGCCUAUGUUGUAAUCUAGAAAUCUGGAGAAUUGAAAGCUCCCACUUUCCAUGCCUUGAGCGCCUUCAUCUUGGUGAGCUAGAUGAGUUGCGGGAAAUCCCUUUAGAUUUUGCAGAAAUAGCCACACUUAGAGAAAUUGAUGUGGACGGUUGCAGCGAUUCGGCAGUGGUUUCUGCAAAAAAAAUAUCAGAGGAACACGAGGACUAUUACGGGGAAGGAGCCCUUCAAGUUUACGUUCUCCUCGGGAGGUAUAACAAAGCAAGACUAGAGCUGCAGAGAUUGGAUAGUCCUAACUUUUAUGUUAGAUAAACGUUACUGAGAAUCACUACUACUAAGUGUGCAGUGCAGGUAAUGCGUGGGGAAAGCGCACAACACAUAAUGAAUCCAUUCAUGCAUGGAUGGUUGGUGCUCUGUUUCUCUUUAUAAUUGAAAAACAAGUGGGAGAUAAAGAGAGAUUUCCAUGGACUUCGGCUCGCGGCCACUUUCUCCACCCAUGUCUAGGCCGAGUUGGACGUUAGAGCUGUUGUUUCACUUUUCCAUUCAUAUAGGCGUGGAUCAAUUGGGAUAUCCUAAUUUUAAAUUUAGAUAUGCGUAAGUUGGCUUUUGUGCUUCAUGUUUAGCUCUUUACAUAUUUUCCUGUGGGGUUGUCACUUGUGGAUCAUUCCUAAGUUGGUGUUUGUUUAGGGGAAUCAGUUGUACUCUUUUUCCUUCGACUAGGUUUUAUCUUAUUGGGUUUUCAAGGUUUUAAUGAGACAAUAUUUUUAUUUUAGGGAUUGGUCAAUCAAGGGGAAGUGUUGUAAAUAUAUCUUUUAGAUAAAUCUUAUGUGUGUUGACUAAAAAAUCUCCUUAAAAUCAUAG